AUGACACCUUCCACACUCAAGGUCGGAUGUGCAGGAGCUGGGCGCAUGGGAAAGCGCCAUGCUAUGAACUUAUUGCAUCGCACUCCUCGCGCUGAUCUGGUUGCCAUUUUUACACCAGAUGCUGACGAGAGAGAAUGGGCAAAGGCCAACUUAGAGCCCUAUGGAGUCGCCAUCUACGAUGAUUACGAUUCUAUGCUUCAGCAUACUGGACUGGAGGCAGUUUUAAUUGCGACAGUGACAACAGUCCAUGCAGAACAGGCAAUCAAAGCCAUAAAUACUGGAAAACAUGUCCUCUGCGAAAAGCCUCUGUCGACCAGCGCUGAGAUCUCGCAAUCAAUAGUCGAUGCAGCAAAUAAAAGGCCAGAACUGAAGGUCAUGUGUGGUUUCUCCCGGCGGUUUGAUGCAUCUUAUCGUGAUGCAUGGACAAAGAUGUCCGCUGGCCUGAUCGGAAAGCCAUCGGUAAUCCGUAGCCAGACGUGUGACAAAAUUGAUCCGACUGGGGCUUUCGUGGCCUUUGCUGCUACCUCAGGUGGAAUUUUCUGCGACUGUUCGGUCCAUGACAUCGAUUUAAUACUCUGGUUUUACGGACAGGAGAGCAAGGUCAAGUCUGUGGUAGCAAGUGGUAUCACCAGUUUGCAUCCAGAGCUACGGGAGUACAAUGACUGCGAUAACGCAGUAGGAAUCAUUGAGUUCUACGAUGAUCGCGUUGCCUACUUGUAUUGUUCGCGCAUGAUGGCAGCUGGCCAGGAAGACACUACUGAGAUUAUCGGAACAAGAGGAAAGCUUGUGGUCAAUGGCCAUGCGCAACGAAACUUGCUCAGCAUUUUUGAUGCCUCCGGAGCGCGUCGGGAAUUACCAGCACACUACUACGAGAGAUUUGAAGUGGCAUUUGUGGACGAGGUCAACGAAUUUGUUGCUUCCUGCUUAGACGAUACCCAGCUUCCCAUGCAGCUUUCAGGUGCGGUAGAUGCAGUCAAGAUAGCUAAAGCGCUCCAGGACUCGCUUGUAAGCCAUCAACGCAUUUGGUUCAAGCAGAACGGCGAAAGAUCGGAUAAAGCACUCCUAUAG